AGAUGAUGUUGUGUUGCAUCUGUUCUCGUGUGUGUGUGUCCAACAAUGAUCAGAUUGUUCCUAUAUUAUUAAACUUAUGCAUUCAAUCAACGUCUGUCUAGGACAAAAAGGUCUUGCUAACUUGGACACUGGGUGUUGUUGAACUACCCCCAAACAUCCAAUGGGGUCAGUCUUGGUGAGAAAUGAGGGACGUUAAAGGCAUCGACAAUGGCGUCUUUUAUCAUACAUAAGCCAAAGCUGGAAAGCAUCAAGGAGUUGGAUCAGUUUAUGAUGAAGCAUCGUAAGGAUUAUGUUGAUCUGCACCGGACUACUGAACAUGAAAAGGAUAGCAUUGAACAUGAAGUAACUCAUCUGAGCUCUUGAGACCAUAUUAUAUGGUUCUUGAAUAAAGUAGCAUCUCACCAUUGAGAAAAACUCAGGAAGAUGAAUGUAUAUUAAUUAUCACUUUAGAUAGCUAUUGAAGUUACUAUCUAGGCUUCAGACCAUAUCAUAUGAUUCUUAAGAAAAGUAGCAUCUCACCAUUCAGACAACUCAGGAUAUAUUAAUAUUUUAGAUAGAGAGGGAGGGAGUUAUUAUUUUGAUCUUACAUUUCUUUUAUCUCUUUUGUGUUGAUUGGAUCGAUAACUUUGUGUAGUAUCAUCGAGAAAAUCUUUUAUUUGCAGAUUACUACUGCUUUUAUUAAAGCUUGCAAAGAACAGAUCGAUAUUCUCAAGAACAGCAUUAGAAAUGAAGAAUCAAACUCCAAAGGAUGGCUUGGCCUCGCAGCAGCGGAGGAUAACUUCAAUGCUCUGAUACUAUAGCACACAAACAUGGAGUGUUCAUACAACUCUGGCCAAGAGGAACGCAAAGGAUGCAAGUGCUUCCGGAGGCCAUAGAACCAGAUGAAAUUCAAGCCCAGCCUCGUAGAAUACAACAACAACAACAGCUUUUAGACGAUGAAACACAAGCCCUUCAGGUGGAGCUAAGUAAUCUUUUAGAUGGUGCGAGGCAGACGGAGACUAAGAUGGUGGAGAUGUCUGCAUUGAACCACUUGAUGGCAACUCAUGUUCUGCAACAAGCCCAACAGAUAGAGUUUCUAUAUGACCAGGUUAGUACUUAUCAACUCCUCUCAAAGUCAAACCCUCAUGUUAACGCACUUGUUUUCUUAGUAGAAUUUCAUGAUGCCUCUUCAUUGCUACCUCGAAUUGGAAUUUUAUAAACGGGAAAGAAACUUCGUAUUGGUCAUGUUACGCUGUUUUGUGGUAUGAACUGGAACUGUUACUGUUUUCAGCUGUGCUAAGUUGCUAAAACCCCAUUUGUAUGUGUCAGUGCCACUGUCAGGAUUAGGGGAUCUCUCUCUCUUUGUGUGUGUAUCUUGUGGGCCUGUUUCUAACUCAGAUUUGACACUAAAAAUGCAACGAAGAACGUGGAGCUUGGAAACAAGGAGCUUUCACAAGCAAUCAAACGUAACAGCAGCAGCAGAACCUUUGUCUUGAUGUUUUUCUUCGUCCUUACUUUCUCUGUCUUGGUACAAUUAAAGAGUCUAACACCAUUCAAUCUCCAACAAACCUCACACACACAGUUUGUGUAGAUUUUAACUGUUGAAAAAGCAUAAAAGUAUGAAAAUUUGGAAAGGUGUUUGAUCAAAGUCACCGUCAUUGCUAUCAAAGUUGACACCUUUGAGAUGUCUUGACAGUUUAUUUGACUCGUGGGGCUAUGAGAGAUAGAUAACCUAAAGGAGAGGACAAAGUUCCCUAAAACGGUGUCGUUACGCUCUGUAGUUAGAGUCUCUCAUCUUGAAUAGGCUGCUUUGACCCCUCUCUCUCCAGACAGAACAAGCCGUUUCUCUCUCACCUCUUACUCUCUCUGACCCUUCUCAAAACUGAAGGGAAAUGCGGGUUACCGAUUGAUAAACAGAUGGAGAAACCUAACUUUACAUAGACAAGAGACGCCGCCGCCGCAGAGAUCCCUGCUUCUUCAGUGAUUCAAAGGAGAGAGACUUCCAUUGAGCUCUGGGGUGGGGUUGUGUUCUUUGUGGGUAAUGGAGGCUAAUGAUGACCUAAACUUGAAGGCCAUUAAUGCGUCGGUAGGAAGAUUAGUCUGGGUUCGCCUCCGUAACGCCUCAUGGUGGCCCGCACAAACUCUGCUUCUUGAGGAACUUCCUGAAACCUCUCUGCUUACUCCACAAGCAGGCACUCCUAUAAAGCUUCUAGGUCGUGACGACGUUAACGUGGAGUGGUAUGUCCUUGAAAAGUCCAAGAGCGUCAAGGCCUUUCGUUGUGGAGAGUAUGAUGCUCACAUUGAGAAAGCAAAGGCUGUUGCUGCUGCAAAGGCUACUAAGAAGAAGACUGCCAAGCUUACUCGCCGAGAAAACGCCAUCAACAUUGCUCUCCAGAUUGAGAAUGCACAUCUCUGUAGCUCUGUAGAAGAUGGAUUGGAUUCAGCUCCCGACCCCACUAUGUCUUUCCAAGAAACGUUGCUGAAGGUGCAGCCAAAGAGAAGAAGAAGAACACCGAAUGACUCAGAAGAUGAUGGGACUGAAGGAAUCAAGCGAAUGAGAGGGCUUGAGGAUAUUGGCAAAGAACAUGAUCUCGGUGCUAUUGUCGUGUACAGGCAACAAGUGGGUUGUGAUUCAGUCUCCAAUGGAGGAGACAAGGCAUGCUCCCCGUUGUCACUGAAAAGAAAAAGAUCACAAGUAGUCAUAAAUGCUAAUGACUGCUCUAAAAGAAAAACCCGACGCAGGCAACUGACUAAGGUGCUAGAGACCACGGCUAUAGUCUGUGUCCCUGUCACCUCUGGAAUGGAGCCUGUGGAAUCCAUGAAAAGUGUCUCUGUCGUUAUCAACAAUAGUUCAGACAGCACCGGGGUUUCAUGCGAGAAUGUUGUUGGAGCCAAGGCAAAAGACAGUGACAUUUCCAGCUUAUCAGUCUCUGCGGAGGAUGAUCCUUCUUACCAACUAUAUGAUGUUCCACUGACCGGAAAGGCAGUUAAUGGAUCUGCUUGUAGUACAAAUCCACCAGAUACACAGCUUGUCAUCUGUGAUUUGAACAGGAUUGAGAAGAGCACUUCUGAGUGGCAACUUAAAGGGAAGAGGAACUCAAGGCAGAUGAGCAAGAAACAAGAAGCGAGAAGAUUUGUGUACGGCGAAGAAGCUAAUAACAGCAGUCCUUUGCCUCUUCCUGCGCUGUUCGAAGUGAAGAUUGAGGUGAAAGCCAGCUCUAACAAACCCCGUGUUCCUCUGGUUUCUCGAAUGAGUGAGUUGAAUGGGAAAGCUAUUGUCGGGCAUCCUGUAAGUGUUGAGGCCUUGAAAGAAGAAGGAUAUUGCAAUGGUACGGUGAUGUCUCAAGAUGUUGUGAAGGCGAAGCCAUUAUUGUCCGAAAAGAAGAGCAAGAAGAGGAAAUCACAGGGCGCUUUUGGAAAGUCAAAGAAGAAAUCGUCUUCUUCUUCGGUAUCGAUAAAGACAAGGCGGCUCUCUACUCUAACGAGCCAGAAGCUGACGGGAAGAAGCAAGAUGCAGACAACAGGAAAGGCAAAGGAAACGGUUGUAGCUUGUAUACCGCUGAAAGUGGUCUUCAGUAGGAUAAACCAAGUGUUGAAAGGCUCAGCGAGACAAACGCAACACCGACCAUUGCCAUCUGCAGUCAAAACAUGAGAUAAAUUUUUAGGAGAAGUCAUCACUGAUGGGUUUUGGGUACAAAGACUGAGACCUUUUUUUGAGUCAUGCAGAGACAUAGAAACAAAAGAGAAGUUGCAAGUGAGCAAAUGUAUAUAUAGCAGUAGUUAGUCGUUGAGGUGUAAAACUGAAGGGUUUAGAUUAGUAAGAUGAGAAAGUUGCUUGUUUACUCAUUGUUUGUUUGAAUUCUCAAGUUCUUGUUUAUGUGUUUGUCAUUUGAGUCUCAGUUCCUUCAUA